AUGCAGGAGAGCAGCGCAAGUUCCGCGAGGACUGAAGAGCAGCAUACCGCUGAGAAAGGCCCAAACGAUCAAGCAGAUGGUCUAAUGAGAAAUAAGUCAGCUUUUACCUGGAAGAAUCUGUGUUAUACUGUCAACACGCCCACUGGUGAACGUCAACUACUCGACAAUGAGCAUGGCUGGAUCAAGCCUGGCAAAUCAGGAGCGCUGAUGGGUUCAUCUGGUGCUGGGAAAGCACGCUAA